AUGGCAGAGAACGAAGCACCAGGGCCCGAGAGAGAUUCAUCCCUCGAGAAUGAGGAGAUUGAAAAAGAUGGUACCUUUGCCUGCGAGAAUUUUACUAUCUCCAUUCAGGAAGUCGAUGAUUCAACAAUCAGCACUACUGAGGUAGAUCCAUACUAUGAGGAGGAAAUAGUUGACACCUCCCCUGCUGACGAAGACGAAUGUCAAAGACAGCCCCAAAGCCCACAAAUCCAUAAUAUGCUACACAGAAGUUUAUUCACCAGUUCCUCACUGGUAUACAUGGCUGUAGUGCCCAGAGCCAUCGAGAAUCCCUAG